GGUAAAACUAAGGAUAACAUCAAUUCUCGACGUGACUUGGAGAUUUUGGGUUACAGAAAAGAAUUACACUUGAAGUGUGAAGGUGAACGUGUUACAAUGCCACAUGCAUCGUACACAUUACACGUUGAUGAAAGGAAUAAAUUUUGUGAAUGGUUGGCUGAUGUGAAAUUCCCAGAUGGGUUCGCUUCCAAUAUCUCGCGUUGUGUUUCUAUACAAAAUUCAUGCAAAAUCUCGGGAUUGAAAAGUCACGACUGUCAUGUUUUCAUGCAAAGACUACUCCCUAUUGCCGUUGGGGGGUAUUUACGAAGUGAUAUUGCCUUGGCCUUGAUUGAAUUGAGCACUUUCUUCAAGGAGUUGUGUGCCCGAACCCUAGAUGUUAACCGACUAUCCCAGCUCCAAACUGAUAUCAUCACAAUCCUAUGUAAAUUGGAGAUGAUAUUUCCCCCUUCUUUUUUCGAUAUCAUGGUCCACCUAGCUGUCCACUUACCCCGUGAGGCCAUACUUGGGGGUCCAGUACAAUACAGGUGGAUGUAUCCAUUUGAGAGGUAUCUCGGCAAGUUCAAGAGGUAUGUUAAGAAUAAAGCCCGCCCAGAAGGCUCAAUAGCCGAAGCCUACAUUCACACCGAAUGCUUGACUUUUUGCUCAAUGUAUCUCCAAGAUAUUGAGACGAAGUUUACUCGAAUGGAUCGCAAUGUUGAUGGUGGAGAAGCGGAGAAUAUAGAUGGAUUCAAGAUUUUCGACCAAAAAGUUCGACCCAUUGGUAUGGCUUUAAACUUGCAAUUAUCAAAUAAACUCCUUCCGGAAGCCACCUGGUACGUCCUCAACAACUGCGAUGAGAUUGCAUCAUACCUAAAGGAGCACUACGAGAAGUGUAAUGUGCACAGUCCAAACCAUACCGAUCGAAAGCAUCAAACUGAGUUUCCAUCUUGGUUCAAGCAACGUGUUCAGGAGCAGCGUAUCACCAACCCACUUGAUGUGACUGCUGAUCUGUAUGCGUUAGCUUGUGGUCCUGAACCUACUGUUGCAUCCUAUGCUGCUUGCAUUGUAAAUGGCAAAAGGUUCCAUACGAAACAACGUGAACUUCGACGGCGUACACAAAAUUCAGGGGUAUUGGUGACUGGUGACGAAAGUACUAAUAAUGUUGACUUCUACGGUGUUAUUAAUGACAUCGUGGAGUUACACUACAUGGGGCGGCGUCGGGUGUACUUGUUCAUGUGUGACUGGUUUGAUGUGGGGGAUCAAAGACGUGGGGUACGAGUUGAUAACCAUAUGACUAGUAUCAACAUGGACAGGACUUGGUAUAAGGAUGAACCAUUUGUAUUGGCAUGUCAGGCGUCCCAGUGUUUUUACAUCAGGGAUGUAAGGGCCCAAGGGAGAUGGUUUGUGGUGCAGAAGUUCACGAAUAGGAAUGUAUAUGACAUUCCACCGGUGCCGAGGGUGUUAGAAGAUAUUGACGGAGAGACUGGUGAUGAUGAUGCCUAUCAAGAAGAUGAUCCAUCAUCUACAUAUGCACCAUUGGAGUCUGAUGCAUGUCCAGUGUCAACUCCACUUAAUAGGAAUGAUAUAGAACCUACCCACAUUGAUGCACAAGAUGUCACUGUUCCGGCCAUAGAAGACAUCAAUUCAUUUGACUUUAUUGAUGAUGGCAUGGUUGCUUCUAGUUCAGGAGAUGCUUAUGCCAGUGAGGAAUAUUCUGAUGAGGAGGAGUUAGACACAGACGACGACUGUGGUUCAGAAUAGACAACAAGAUCAUUAGUUGGGGUAAAAAGGCACGGUGUCACAUUCAAUAAAGGCCAAAGUGACACGUGAACGACGAGAGCCCAUCCCUGAGCACUGCGGAGUCACUCACAUCGAGCUUCACGAUCAAGAAUCGGGUAUUGAAAAAGCAUUGGCCUUUCCCAUAUUCAUUCUGGUGGAAAUGAGGAGUUUCAAUGUUCAAGAGCCCAUAACUAUUGGACCGGAGCAGAGGCUUGUCUUUGACCAACGUCGAGCCCUCCCUACUUCAACCACCAACGGAGAACUGAUUGUGUAACUUUG